UUGAUGAUCUUGACGUGCUGCAGAUUUCAUAACGCCCACAGGGAGCGUGUCCUCGUUCUUCUCUCCGUGGACCAAACACAUCCAGAGGUUCUGCUGAGAUCAGCUGGACGCUGAGGGACCCUCCACUGUCAGAUGAUGAGGUGACCUGAGAGCCGCGGUGAUGGAGAACCUUUGGUGUGUGGCUGGGACCAUUUUCCAGCUGUGGAUGUUCGUGGUGGUGUUCUUCAUCAUGCUUCCCGCCAUGUUCGGCCUUUCUCUGGGGGUCACUGAAGUCUACAUCCAGGUUCUGGUCAAAAUACUCGAGUGGGCCACAUUACGCAUCCAGAGGGGCCGACAGGAACAGCCCAGCGCCUCAGUCCCUCUGCAUACAGGGAUCAUAGAGCGAGCGGGGGGGUCCAUGGAGGAGGAGAUGUGGCAGCUCCGGUGCUCUCGGCCCGAGGCGGCGGGGGCCUUCUGUUUGAGCGAUGGUGUGUAUUUCUGUAAGAAGGGUCUGGAGAGCAUUGUGGAGGACCAGGUGACGCAGAGAUUUUCCUCAGAGGAGUUGGCUUCCUGGAACCUUCUGACCCGCACCAACCAAAACUUCUACUACAUCAGCCUCCGCCUCACCAUCAUCUGGGGCCUCGGAGUCUUUGUGCGAUACUGCAUCCUCUUACCCUUCAGGAUUGCUCUGGCCUCUACCGGUCUCUCCUGGCUGGUGAUUGGAACAUCUGUGGUUGGAUUUCUGCCUGAGAGCAGUGCAAAGAACUGGCUGAGUGAGCUGGUCCACCUGACCUGCUACAGGAUCUGUGCCAGAGGACUGUCCGCUACCAUCCACUACCACAACAAAGAGAACAGGCCUCAGAAGGGAGGAAUAUGUGUUGCGAACCACACUACCCCCAUCGAUGUGGUGAUUCUGGCCAAUGAUGGUUGCUACGCCAUGGUCGGACAGACUCAUGGAGGUCUGCUGGGGAUCCUUCAGAAGUCCAUGGUCAGGUCCUGCCCCCAUGUCUGGUUCGAGAGGUCGGAGAUGAAAGACCGAAAUGCAGUGACCAGCAGACUGAGACAUCACGUCGCUGCAAAGACCAAACUUCCCAUCCUCAUAUUUCCUGAAGGAACAUGUGUCAACAACACCUCAGUCAUGAUGUUCAAAAAGGGAAGCUUUGAAAUCGGAGGAACCAUUUAUCCAGUAACUAUUAAGUACGACCGUCGCUUCGGGGAUGCUUUCUGGAACAGCAGCAAAUACAACAUUGUUAGCUACCUGCUGCGCACGAUGACCAGCUGGGCCAUAGUGGUCAAUGUGUGGUACCUCCCUCCCAUGACCAUACAGGAUGGAGAGGAUGCAGCUCAGUUUGCCAACAGAGUCAAGUCUGUCAUUGCUCAUCAGGGUGGACUGCUGGACCUGGCGUGGGAUGGAGGACUGAAGAGAUACAAAGUGAAGGAUUCCUUGAAGGAGGAGCAGCAGAAGACGUACAGUAACAUCAUAGUGGGACAAAACGACAUCAGAACCACAAAAACAUGCAGCGAGACCAGAGGAUCAAUAAAACUGGAUCAAUGAAGAAGAUGUGAUCAGCUGUUAGCUUGGAAACUGAUGAAGUAUCAGAAGCUGAAGCUGACUGUUCAUUAGGGAGGGCUGUGUUAAUAUUCCACCAGGCUUUUGUUUUCAUUAAAUGUUUUGUAUGUACUUUGUGUGUGUGUGUGUGCGUGGGUGGGUGUUUGCGUGUGUGUGUGUGUGUGUGUGCAAUAAUGUCCAUCCACCAGCAGGGAGCAGUGUGUGAUAACACAGUCUUUCUGUCUUGCUCCUCCCUGGAUUGGAGGACAUGUCCUGUUUCUCUUACAGGCACUGUCACCACGGCGAUGGUGUUCUUUCUGUGUGAGAAUGUGGGAUGUUAUUUUUAUAGAGCUGUAGUUAUAGAACAUAAAAUGAAAAAAAUAUUUCUUAUAACAAGAAGAAACUUAAAGAUGCAUCAUUCACUGAAAGAUUUUAUAUUCAUUGGUUGAUUUUUUUUAAAACUACAUUUUCAUGCGAUCGUCACAUAUUUGGCGGUACUUUAGGACUGCAAGAAUGUGAUUGUGGAUUUUUUUAAAUGACUUCUUUCCUUUUUAAUGCUUUUCUGUACAAAUUAAAGAGAGUAGUUUUGAUUUUCACACUUUUUAAAUAUGGCAAAUACUUUGGAAUUUUAAGCCUGCACUGCAGGAAGGAUAUAACUGUGGGGAUUGAAAUGGAAAAAAAAGGUGAAAUAGAUGAGUUAUUGACAUUUCUUUUUUCAGAUAGUUACAUGUUUGGUUCACAAAUCCUGGAAUAUGUGGAAUGUUUAACAUUGGAACCUUUUUUCAUGUUCUGAUUACCAGAAUGUUACCAGAACCAUGUUAAUGAUAAUCAUAAUUAAGUAAAGUUAUUUAUAAAACAAAGAUAUAAAUCACUAAGUACCUUACAGUAAAUGCAAACACAACACCAGUAGCAGUUUGAACAUUUAAAUGACGUGAAGAUUAAAUCCAGCAGGAAAAGCCUAAAACAAACAGGAGGCUUCAUGUGUUUCUUAAAGAAAUGAAACAGUGUAAAAUGUAAAAAAACACUGAUGAGAUUCUUCUUGCGUAGCUCAAUAAGUGAACAGCAGGAUUUUAAAAAUAGUAAUACAACAGAAAUUCUGUGUUUUUC